UAACUACACCAUCUAUAGCCACAGCUACCUCUGCUAUGGCCAAAACCAGGCCUUCCAACGGUUGAUCCGGUUGAUUCUUGAUGGCGGGACCAGCGUUGAGGUGGCUCACCCCUGCUACCCAAAAGGUUACAAAGAGACGGUACUGGCGGCGUCCCUCUCUGGCAAUCCGUGCGUCAAGCCUCUGCCCUCAACCGCAUCUUCAGCCAACGUAACUCUGGUGGGCAAAGGGAAUUUCAGCCUCUGCCGGGAAAAAUUCAAAGCUGACCACCAGUUACCCUCGCGAAAAAUCUUUCCACCUGAAGAAUUACUGUGCCAGUGCAAAUUUCAUCUUGACCCUUUUAUUGGAUGGUUACGGCUUCCGAAACGACACCUGGCAAAACAUUGCCUUCCAAAUGCAG